CCCGGAAGUGGGGAGCCGGAAGUGGGGUUGGACAGGUUAUCCCCAGGGGUGGGGAAGUAGAGGCCUUGAAGGAGGGGGAAAAAAGAAGGCGGAGGAUCCUGGCUACUACUCUGAAUCGGAUACCGAUUCUCUUAGAACUCAGAGUCACAGAUAUAGGGAAGAGUGUCUCACCCCAGUCGUCCUUUCCUUGCCUCAUCCUCAGCCAUGGCUGAAGCAGGGGCCGGGCUGAGUGAGACCGUAACUGAGACAACGGUUACCGUGACAACCGAACCCGAGAACCGGAGCCUAACUAUCAAACUUCGGAAACGGAAGCCAGAGAAAAAGGUGGAGUGGACCAGUGACACUGUGGACAAUGAGCAUAUGGGGCGCCGCUCUUCAAAAUGUUGCUGUAUUUAUGAGAAACCUCGGGCCUUUGGUGAGAGCUCCACUGAGAGUGAGGAAGAGGAAGAGGAAGGUUGUGGUCACACCCACUGUGUACGGGGCCACCGCAGAGGACGGCGUCACGCAACCCCCGGACCGACCCCCGCCACUCCUCCCCAGCCUCCUGACCCCUCCCAGCCCCCUCCAGGGCCAAUGCAGCACUAAAUUCCUUUCUUCCCCACCAUUCCUGUGUCUGUGUGGCCCUGAAUGUGUCCACAUGGCUACCUGGGAACUAAACCCACGGUUUGAUCCCUCUUCCUCUGCUCUGCCUGAUAGAGGGAAGAGGAAGAGAAGGAUGGACAGAGAUCCAUGCCUGGAAUUCUGACUUGCUGCUACUCCAGAACCCAGACCUCUGGGUUCCCCCAACCCUCAUUUCUCCUCCCAGUUCUCUCCCUGUCAGGGAUCUCGGCAUCUCGGUCCCAGUCUUCUGCCUUUGUUCUCACUGCCAAACUUCCUGUCCUGGGAUCCACUUGUGUGUCUUGGCUCCCUGCAUGCUCAACAUGAGUCUUACAUACUUAAGUUUGGUUUUUGAAAGUCCCAGCUUUCACUGCCAGGGUCCCAGUCAAAUUCCAGGCAACCUCACCCCAGCUAUGAGUGUUAAUCCUGGCUUAGAGCUCGUCCACGUAUGGAUUUAUAUACUCCUCAUUCUUAGUCCUUGCCUGUAGGAUGUGAGGUCUUCAGGGAGAGCACAGGGCCCAGCCUUUCCCCUCCUGUCUACCCCUUCAUCUUCUCAGAAAGAGCCAGGAGAGAGGUCUUUGUCAUUUGUACCACAAGGGAAAGUGGAACAGGAAAUAGUCAUGUCCUCUCUCCCCACAGUUCUGAUUUGAUACAGUAUUUCUGACAAAGCUGGCUUGAGACUGGUCACUUAGAACCAAUCGUUUCAGUCUUUGGCCUUUCAGCUUCAGAGACAUAGAGUAAAGUCCACGGCAGGGGCAGAUAAAGGAAAACAGUGGGAGUGAACAAGACGGGUUGUGUCUCCUACACGGCACUCCUACCCCUGCUAGGCUUGUCCACCAGCCCAGACAGCCAGUCGCCUCAGCUCUCCCACCCCUUACUGAGAUCUGGUUAUCAUUUUGUAGGCCUCUUGCUGUGCAGAGAUCAGUUACAUCCAUGCCACCACUGAGACCUCAUUUAUUGCCACAGAUGCACAAAAUAAAUAACCCAACAUCACAAAA